AUAUUUUUAUAUUAAUUUGCAGCUGCCUCCUAUAAUUAGGUGGUGCCACCAUAAUGCCAUAGAUUAAAAAAAAAAUGCACAUCUCAUCAUAUGUUGCUCUGUUCCGUGAUUCUGUUUCUCCGGUUUUUCCGCCUCUCCGCGGAUCUCACACGCCCUUGUGUAAAAAAAAAAAAAAGAGAGAGAGAGAAAAAGGCACGUCAGGCGCGGGUCAUUGUAGUCGUCGCGCGCAUCUCAGAGCACUCCCUUUUCUUCCUCUCUCGCUUUCUCUCCACCCCUCAGGCGUUUCAGCUCUCAGCCGCACUGAACGCGUAGAGAGAGGACUGCAGGUCGCGUUUGCGUGCUCACCGACGACCCUGUUUAUUCUAUAUCCCCCCUUCUAAAAGCGUCAACGAGCCGAGGCUUUUCCCCCCCUGAAUCCUCCAGUUUCCACCAAAGCCAGCCCCAGUUUAUCUCCAGCAUGUCAGGCGAAGACGCGCCCGCGCAGCAACAGAACGCCGACGAGCAAAAACCGCAGCAGCAGGAUGCCGAGUCCAAAGCGGAGUCCCCCAAAACCGAGAACAAACCGGAGGCAACGCCCGCCGAACCCGACGCCACCACCGACGCCGCCGCUGCUGCUGCCGCUCCAGCAGAGGCGUCGGCGGCGCCCGCUGAUAAGCCCGCCGAGGAGGACGCGUUCACCUACCGCGCGCUCGUGCUCACCGGCUACGGCGGUUACGACAAAGUGAAGCUGCAGGUGAAGAAAGGAAAGCCGGCGCUGAAGCCCGGCGAGGUGAUGGUGCGAGUCAAAGCGUGCGGCCUCAACUUCGCCGACCUCAUGGCGCGCCAGGGGCUCUACGACCGCCUCCCCUCUCCGCCGGUCACGCCGGGGAUGGAGUGCUCAGGGGUCGUCGAGGCCGUCGGUGAAGAAGUGACGGACAGAAAAGUGGGUGAUAAGGUUCUGGUUCUAAACCGCAGUGGUCUGUGGCAGGAAGUGGCAGUGGUCCCCACCGCACACACCUUCCUUAUGCCCGAGGGGAUGAGCUUCGAGGAGGCGGCCGCUCUGCCAGUCAACUACAUCACCGCUUACAUGAUGCUGUUUGACUUCGGCCACCUGCGCCCCAACCAGAGUGUGCUCAUCCAUAUGGCUGCAGGAGGGGUGGGGAUCGCUGCCACUCAGCUCUGUAAGACUGUGAAGGAUGUCACUAUCUUUGGAACUGCCUCCGCCAGUAAGCAUGAGGUUAUCAGCGAGGGAGGAGUCACACACCCCAUUGACUACCGUUCACGGGACUAUGUCGAGGAGGUCCGCAAGAUCAACCCCAAAGGGGUGGACAUUGUCCUGGAUCCUCUUGGAGGUUCUGACACCCAUAAGGGUUACAACCUGUUGAAGCCAAUGGGCAAACUCAUCAGUUACGGUGCCGCCAACAUGCUGUCUGGUCAGAAGAAAAACCUGUUUGCUGUGGCUAAAACCUGGUACCAGCAGUUCUCCAUUCACACCUUGAGUCUGUGCCAGAACAACCGUGCCGUCUGCGGCUUCCACCUGGGCUACCUGGACUCUGAGCUCGUCGUAGAUGUCAUGAAGGGCUUGCUGGAUCUGUACCAGCAGGGCAAGAUCAAACCCCGCAUUGACUCCACCUACCACCUUGAGCAGGUUGGUGAUGCCAUGCGUAGGAUGCAGGAGAGGGGCAACAUCGGCAAAAUCAUCCUCUCCACCGAGCCCAUGAAGGAGGAGCCCAAGAAGGAGGAGGCCAAGAAAGACGAGAAGGAGAAGAAAGAGGACAAGAAGAAAGAGGAAAAGAAGAAGGACGACAAGAAGAAGGAUGAGUCCAAGAAGGAUGAAAAGAAGAAAGAGGAGACCAAGAAGGAGGAAAAGAAAGCUGAGGAAAAGAAACCAGAGGAGAAGUUAGAAGAGAAGAAUGCAGAAGAGAAGAAAGAAGAGGCCAAGAAAGAAGAGAAUUGAGAGUUGGGCAGAAGCUAGGCAGGAAAUUGGUGGCUGUGAAUUGUUUGUCUUUGGAGUAGGGGAUUAUUUGAGUCUGUGUUGCGUGUAUGUGUGCGAGUGUGUUUGUGUGUAGUGGUGUUGGGAAGUACAGCGUAGUCCAGCUCUCUGCUCAACCCCAGGCACUUACUCUGGCCUUAAAUCAUCGCCUUGUGCUGAAAUCUGUAAUUGUUUAUCCAGCCUUGUAUAAGUUGAGAACUCAAAAGCUGUUUACUAACUAACUAACAAGUGCACAAGCCUGUGCAUGCACGCGCACACACCCACACACACACACACACUCCUACACCCACACACACACACACACUCCUACACCCACACACACACACACCAGGGAUAUGCCACUCUAUUAUGCCACUAAAUUUCUCUUAUGUUACUUUUCCUGUAUUCACUCCUGUACUCUGUGCUGUUACUAUUCUUUAACUGCGUGCCAUUUGAGGUAUGCUGGAUCAGUAUUAUACUGCCAAAGCCACUAAUUCAUCAUUUUUCUGCUCCUCCUCAUCCUCUCACCUUCAACAUUGCUUUAACACACUACUCUCAUCUCAAGCACUUGUUCUUUAGCAUUUCAGAUUUGGCUUAACUGCAUUCUCAAUGCUUUUUUUGUCUAAUAGCUGUGCACCCACAAAGGAUUAUGGGUAAAUGCCAGGGUUGAGCAGGAGUCCUGUUGCCAUGACUACAAUGUUUCAUACGUGUUCUGUCUCUUUAUCCCAAACUCCCUCCCACUCAUCUUCCUGGUCAUAUCUGUUCUCCCCUUAGUGAAUCCUGUUCUCCUAUUAGGACCAGACUCGCUGAUGGAGAAGUCAAUCAUUGAGCCCCGCCCACAUUGUUCACCAAGGCAAUAAGGAGGAGUCAGUGUGGUUUCUAAUUAGCUGUUCUAAUUUCACAUGCACCUGUUAAAACUCGAAAAUAUGAUCGAUUUCUUUAAAAGGUUUCAAUGUAAGGACCAAACUGCAAGUAAAGACUGGUUUUUUUUUUUUUUUUUUUUCCUUUCCAGAAGUAAUGACAAUUCCAGGUUUCAAAAAGAAUGCAGGUUGUGGGCCAGCAAAAGGAAAGAGGCGGUGAUGCAAUGAAAUAUUUUUUUAGGCACGCUUUCAAAAACACAAAAGAAAACUAAGGACAGAACUAAAAUGCCAUAUGAUAUCGUAUAAAGGUCCUAUGUCUUCGAUUUAGUGGCCUGGUUAAGCGUAUAGUCGUGAUUUCAAUCAAGCUGUGCACAAAUCAAAUCAUGACCGUCAUUAAACAUGUUGCUUGCUAGGAUCUUAAUGGAGUUCACUAAAGAACAGUACCCAUCUAACAUCUCCCCACACAUAGGCAUGCAGACACACACAUUCUGAGGUUAUUGUAUUACAGCAGAGAUGUGAAAACACUCUUUGAGAUUUGAGAUCCUGAAUGUUUUUUUUUUUUUUUUUUUUUCCUGAGCCUCCUCCAGGAUUCCACAUUAUCUGGAGCAUUCCACUUCGAUCCUUAUGACCGUUGGCCUGUUUCCAGUGUAAUUGUUGUUUUUCAGAUUUUCUACUUCAUUUUCUCUCUCUCUCUCUCUCUCUCUCUCUCUCUCUCUCUCUCUCUCUCUCUCUGUCUCUGUCUCUCUCGCUCUCUUGAGUUUUACAGCCAGUAGUUGGCAUAGCAACAGGCAUUUGGCCAGCAAGCAAUGACACAGUUGCCCCCACCAUCCCACCCACCAAUUCCAAGCACUCCACACUUAUUUACGUGCUUUUGAUCCUCCGGCUUUUAUACAACUAAAUAUUGUUUAAAAUCUCUUUCUAUGCUGAUUUGACAUGUAUUCAGGCUGCUGUGUCAGAGUCCAGUCCAAAGGGUGUAACCUGGCACGCCUUCCAACUCUGAAACCUGUCAUUCAAACUCACUGACUCCUCCCUCGGCUAGACUUAUGCAUCUGUAGUGCACUACUGCCUCUCAUGGCGAUGUAGAUGCACUGCAGUGACUUUUUUUUUUUUUUUUUUCCUCCCCUUCCCUUUCCGUCCCUCCGUCAGUGGGUCUGGUUUUUGUCUGUGUGUGAAGUGCAGUGUGUUUGUAAGAGUGUGUGUUGUGUACAGAUGUGGUUGAGAAGUUGUAUGGAUGUACGUCUUUGUCCUCAGGUCAGUUGUCAGAUCUAGAUGAAAAUGUUUUUUUUUUUUUGUUUUGUUUUUUCUUCCUGUCUCUACCUCCCUUAUACUAUGAGCUAGCUCUCCUGUCCACCCUCCUUGCAGUUUAAUCUUUAACAAACAUAACUUGUAAACAUCUCUUUUUCUCUCUCCCUCCCUGUGGUGAAUGGCCUGUGUUUAAUUUGGUAUUAUUUGCACUCUGCUUGUGGAUCGUAAUGCACUUAUAGGGAUGGCAGUCCCACUUCCCGCCCCACUGUUCCUCAGGAGUCCCCUCAAUUUAUUUUUGUUUAGCGCACACACACACACACACACACACACACACACACACACACACACACACUGCGCUUUCUUGCAUUCAUAAGCACGCAUAUGAAUAGUUUUUGCUCUCUACACACACGUCACGUAUAGAAACAGAACUUCAUCUCAACCUUUGAUCAUUUUGAGCUUGUCCAUACAUGGAGGAGGUUACCAGAAUGCAUCGGGAAGGGUGUGGCACUGCCAUCCUUGUCUAAAGAGUGACAGUGUUCUGACACGAGACCGGCAACUGGAUUCGGCGAAUGCGAAUUCUGUUUCGGGAUCAUUUGCGCCCAUGUUGUAUUUUGUUUUGUUGUGUAUCUCUGGUUCUCUGCCUGUGUUCUUGUGAAAAGUGCUUCACUUUCUGAAGCACAACAUGACCCCUACUAACCCUCCAGCAAAGGGCAUCCUCAUUCUUUUCCCUGUUGGUUUUUUUUUUUGUUUGUUUGUUUGGUUUUUUUUGGUUUGUUUUUGUUGUUGCUGUGUAGCCCUAUUAUUCGUUUGAGUGUUUUUAAGUUGAAGAGGCUUCGCUGCACUUCCAUUCAAAUGUGAGGAAUGACAUUUUGUUGAUCCUGAUUGUGUGCCAAACUGUGCUUGAGGCUCUUGCCUUCACUCCAGCUAUCCUUACUACACUGAACGACAAAACAGAAGGAACGACAAGAAUCAUUGCUGGUCGCUUUUAAAACGACCUUCAUUAAAAAAAAAUAAAAGGAAAAAAAAAAUUAACCAAUGUCGUACCUGUCGUGUGUGGUUGAUCGCAUCGCUGAAAGUUACUGGUGCUUAAAAAAAAACUCCUGGCUUUUUCGCUAAUCCAUGUAAACGCUGUUUAGGUCUCACUGUGCCGAUUCGUUUUCCGAACACUGGAAUACCUCCACGAAAGACACACAUGCACAUACACUUGCCAACCUCUCUGGCACACCAGCUCUGCUCAGAAGGGCUGAUCUGUCAAUCAGUUAAUGCUAAAUCUGUUAGUGUUUACAACUCAACAGGAAAUAACAGACAGUGCAGAACUGGUGAUCAGACUUGAUGAGUUAAGAUACAGCUGAAAAUGCCAACUAAAGUCAACCUGCUCAAAGAAAAACAUUUUGUGUUCAUGCAUGCAGCAACUGCAAUGUUUGGACUGGAUUCUAGUUGUAGAACCCAGGUUCCACCCUGGAUCUUCCAUCUCAUUCUCUAAGCAGGGUUGUUCUGGUCAUAUACCCCUUUGGCUGGGUGACAUCAGGGCUGUUCCACCAUUUCCUCCGUCGUGAUUUCAUCUGGCUGUACAGCAAAAAUCAAUUCUGCAGUUCAGUCCCGGUAGUAUUAACAUCUGCUUUAUUGUUGCAUGCAUUCACUGGCAUGAGGUUUAUACAUUAGCAUGCAGUUUGCUUUUUAGUCAGCGUACCUAUUUUCUUAGGUUCAUAGGCCCAAGAUAAGCUUAGCUGCAAGUGUGUGUGUCUCUGGUUUAUAUGGAGAUAUGCUGUGUGGAUAAUUCAGGGCUCUGUCUGAGCCACUCUGUUUCCUAGUUUUCUCUCUCCAUUCCAUAGCCGCUAUAACUUUCCGAGAACAGGAAACUCAUUUUAAGACUGCUUUCAGCUUUUUCAGAGCAGUGGUGUGUGACCCAAACUGCUUGAGCGUAUACAUUUUUACCUUUUGUCUUUUCAACACCAAAACUGAUGAAUAAUUAGCUUUUUUUUUUUUCUUUUCCUCAAUAAAUUACUAUGUGCUGGUUGACAGGGUACUUACCAAAUGAUAAAUUUAUAAAACGUACAACUUGGAUUUCUCCACCGUAGUUGUGGUAUUUAUCAAAGCGACGCAUUUGUAAGAACUGAGAUUUCUAUAUAGAUGCGUCAGGCAUUUGUAUGUUAGGACCCGAAUGAUUGCCAUGACAUGACUCAACACCUCAGUUGCUAAAUAGCUUAAAUCAUUGCUUUUCUCUCGAGCUGUGUUUGUAUAAUCACCCUUUCUUCCACACACGUCAGAGAUGCGACAGACUGUUUCCUUUGUUUUUCCUUCAUCAGUGUUCCCCAGCCUCCCCCUUUUUCUCUCUAUCUCCAAUGUAUUUGAGACCCUUUGAAGGGGCCGCUGCUUCUGUGCUCGACUCUGGGUUGGAUCACGUGUGACUCGCAAAGGUGGUCAAGAGGACCAUAGAGCUCGUUUAACGCUUCUGUGUGUGAUGUUACCAUUAUGCCUUACAUGUUUUCCAGGACUAAUAAAAGAGCAUAACACAAAAAUA